AACCGGGUGAGUCUGUCAUGUAUAAAAUAAACAAAAAAUAAAAAUAAAUAGUGGAAAUGGCGGUAAGUGAAAGUAUACCUGGUUUGGUGGUUGACUGUAGAUUUGUUAAGUUAGGAAGAUUGAAAUGACCGCCGUACCUUUUUCCCUCAAACUUCAUCUUCUUCAUUUUUGAAGUUUCCAAUCUCAAUCUGAAAUUCUCAAUUCAUAAUUUAUUAGACCCUAAAAGGCCAAAAUCUUUGUUAGGUACUAUAAAUUUGUUUAAAAAUGGAUAAUUAUGGUUCUUCGUACCCUUACCAAAAUUCAGGCUAUGGAUACCCUCCUAACACUCCUCCACCAGCAUCACAAUACCCACCCUCAAAUUCAGAUCCGUACGCCCCUGCUCCAUAUCCACAGCCACAGCCACACCCAUACCCAUAUCCCUACGCCCCUUCAUAUUCAUUCUCAUCUGCAUACCCACCGCCACCAUUUUCAAACUCACAUUCUGGCCCUUUAGAUUAUCAACUCCCUCCACCUCCCCCUUCCCCAUCCCAUUCACACCCACCUCAUCAUUCUUCUUCCCCACUUCCGUAUCCAUAUCCAUAUCCAGCUUCAGCUCCUCCGGUGACCCCAAGUGCUCCUGGGCCUCACCUUCAACACCAUGGAAGUUUCCAACAUGGUUCAGGCCACUAUCACUAUGAACAAACCGGUGGGAGUUACCCACCUGUUGAAAACCCAGCCAGCUUCCCACCUCGAGCUAAUAGCUUCUCGAAUCAUCAUAGGCAGGAGAGUUAUAGUUCAGUGGGAGUUGGGCCAUCUACAAAUCAUGAUGUUGACAAUGUACCGGCGUCUUCUGCUAGCCACUCUGUUUACCCUCCUUUGGAUGCUCUUUUGAACAAUGUGCAUUUGUAUGAUAACCAUCCAACUGCUCCAGUGUUACCUCAUGCGCCUGCAGUGUCACCCUUAAUAAGUUCACCCCAAAGUGCUAAGUUUGAAAACCAUGGGGAGUUUUAUGGAUAUCCUAAUAGCUCAUUUUCUAGUAAUUGGGAGGGCGCUUAUUCUGAUCAGGUUGCUUCGCCUACUCACUCUGUGUAUUCCACUUCAACCUCAUUCAAUGGUUCGCAACAUAGUCAGAAUUUGCAGAUUGUGCCAUUGCAAGGUAAAGGAUCCUUGAAGGUUUUGCUUCUACAUGGGAAUUUAGAUAUAUGGGUACAUGAUGCUAAAAAUCUGCCAAAUAUGGACAUGUUCCAUAAAACAUUGGGGGAUGUGUUUGCGAAGUUGCCAGGGAAUGUGACCAAUAAAAUUGAAGGGCACAUGAAGAACACGAUCACUAGUGAUCCAUAUGUUUCAAUUUCAGUGGCAAAUGCGGUAAUUGGGAGAACUUAUGUGAUUAGCAAUUCUGAGGAUCCUGUUUGGAAGCAACACUUCAAUGUUCCAGUAGCUCAUAAUGCUGCUGAGGUGCACUUUGUUGUAAAAGACAGUGAUGUUGUAGGGUCACAGCUCAUUGGAGUUGUGGCAAUUCCAGUAGAGCAGUUAUACUCGGGAGAAAAAAUUGAGGGAGCUUACCCUAUCUUGAAUGCUAGUGGGAAGCCAUGCAAACCCGGAGCCGUUCUGGGACUUUCAAUUCAGUACUUCCCAAUGGAGAAGCUGAGCAUUUACCACUCUGGAGUAGGGGCAGGCCCUGAUUAUUAUGGAGUUCCUGGGACUUAUUUUCCUCUUAGGAAGGGUUGCAGAGUUACACUUUAUCAAGAUGCCCAUGUCCCAGAUGGAGCCCUUCCAGAUUUGAGACUAGAUGGUGGUUACACAUAUGUGCAUGGGAAGUGUUGGCAGGACAUUUUUGAUGCAAUACGUCAGGCACGACGUUUAAUAUACAUAACUGGGUGGUCAGUAUGGCACAACGUCAAAUUAGUCCGUGAUGAUAGUUAUGCAUCUGAUUUUACCCUGGGGGAUAUUUUGAGGUCCAAGUCUCAGGAAGGAGUGAGAGUGCUGCUACUUGUUUGGGAUGAUCCCACUUCAAGGAGCAUUUUAGGCUAUAAAACUGAUGGAAUCAUGGCAACCCAUGAUGAAGAAACUCGCCGAUUUUUCAAGCACUCAUCAGUGCAAGUGCUACUAUGUCCCCGCAGUGCUGGAAAAAGACACAGCUGGUUGAAGCAAAGGGAAGUUGAGACAAUUUAUACACACCAUCAGAAAAAUGUUAUUGUUGAUGCUGAUGCUGGCAAUAACAGAAGAAAAAUCAUGGCUUUUGUUGGAGGACUUGAUUUGUGUGAUGGACGGUAUGAUACUCCACAUCACGCUCUAUUUAGGACACUUCAAACUGUGCAUAAGGACGAUUACCACAACCCUACGUUUACGGGUAAUCUUGCUGGUUGUCCAAGAGAGCCAUGGCAUGACUUGCAUUCUCGAAUUGAUGGCCCUGCUGCUUAUGAUGUUCUGACAAACUUUGAAGAGCGAUGGUUAAAGGCUUCAAAACCACAUGGGAUGUCCAAAUUAAAGAGAAAACAAUAUGACGAUGCCUUGCUUAGACUAGAAAGGAUUCCGGACAUCAUUGGGUUGUCUGAAGCUACUUGCAGUAGUGAGAACGACCCUGAAGCUUGGCACGUUCAGAUAUUCCGUUCAAUCGACUCGAAUUCAGUUAAAGAAUUCCCUAAGGAUCCAAAAGAUGCCACAAGCAAGAACCUGGUGUGCGGGAAGAAUGUGCUGAUCGACAUGAGUAUACAUACGGCUUAUGUGAAGGCCAUUCGUGCAGCUCAGCAUUUCAUUUAUAUUGAGAACCAGUAUUUUAUUGGAUCUUCUUACAACUGGAGUUCCCACAAAGAUUUAGGUGCUAAUAAUCUGAUUCCAAUGGAAAUUGCCCUUAAGAUUGCAGAUAAAAUUAGAGCCAAUGAGAGAUUUGCUGCAUAUAUUGUUAUUCCAAUGUGGCCAGAGGGUGUUCCAACUGGUGCUGCUACCCAAAGGAUUCUCUUUUGGCAGAAUAAGACAAUGCAAAUGAUGUAUGAGACAAUUUACAAGGCACUUGUUGAAGCUGGGCUCGAAGGUGCUUACUCACCCCAGGAUUAUUUAAACUUCUUUUGUCUUGGCAACCGUGAGGACUUGGAUGGAAAUAACAGUGGCAUGGAAAGUCCUACCGCAGCAAACAGUCCUCAGGCACUGAGUAGGAAAAACCGAAGAUUUAUGAUUUAUGUUCACUCAAAAGGCAUGAUAGUUGAUGACGAGUAUGUAAUCAUUGGAUCUGCCAACAUCAAUCAGCGCUCUAUGGAAGGCACUAGAGACACCGAAAUUGCAAUGGGAGCUUACCAGCCCCAUCAUACCUGGGCACGGAAAUUUCGUAAUCCUCUUGGACAGAUAUACGGUUAUAGGAUGUCAUUGUGGGCAGAGCAUAUGGGAACCAUUGAAGAUUGCUUCACACAACCAGAGAGCAUUGAUUGUGUGAAAAAAGUAAGAUCAAUGGGGGAGAUGAACUGGAAACAGUUUGCUGCAGAUGAGGUAACAGAGAUGAGAGGACAUCUUCUCAAGUACCCAGUUGAAGUUGAUCGAAAAGGCAAGGUGAGGUCCCUUCCUGGACAUGAAAAUUUCCCAGAUGCAGGAGGAAAUAUAGUCGGCUCAUUUAUUGCUAUUCAGGAAAAUCUCACAAUAUGAUUCUGCUAUUUUUUACUGGCCAACUCAAACAAUGAGAAAUAGAUAUUCAAACACAAAUUAUAGUGCUAAAUUGUUUUGUUUCGCCUCAGAGAAUUAUAGUGUGUGUAUAGUCUUUUACUAACUUGUGUAACAUAGCAUAGAGUUUACUUGCACUUUACCGACUUGUACAUUACAAUUUUCCUAUUAUGUGUAUAUACACAAUCAUAGAAAAGUAUACAAAUAUAAUCAGGAAGUUUUGUAUGUACACUUAAAAUUCUCCUGAAUAAAAGAUUUGAGAGCUGUUUACAUUGUUGGAUAUAA